AGAGCCCUUUCUGAGCCUGCUUCAGAUCCUCUCUCUCCCUCUCUCUCUGCCCCACCCCUGAUCAUGUGCGUGUGAGAGUGUGCUCUCUCUCUUAAAAUAAACGUGUAAAAAAAGAUACUCAGUAAGUUAAAUGUAUGAUUAUGGCAAACAAAUGCCAUAUGUCAGGCGUUGAAUGCUUAUCUAUUAUAACUUCAGAACCUUCUUUCUUUAACUUAUGCCAUACACAGAACCUAACAGGAAGUAUUUCUAAAUGAAAUUGCCCAAGAAAGCUCUUCCUCAACUCUAUUUCAGUCCUAAAUUGGCUAACAAUACAAGUUAUUAAUUAAUCUUAGAUACUGGCUAGGGUGUGGUUCUGACAAAAGGAACUGAAAGCCUUUGAAAAGUCUCCUGAGUUCUGUAUGAGCCAUCCGGAGGAGUCCCACAUUUCUGAGCAGCGAGUUUUGAAGGAAAUUGGUAGGGCAGGCUCUCGGAUUACGUCCCCUUAGGAAACUUUACAAGAGGUGGACACACCUGGCUUACCAGUAUUUCUGACUUACUGCUGAGCUGAAAACUGCUUGUUUUGUGGAGAAGCAAAACUCUGCAGCAACCAUCUAAAAUGAAGAGCCCCCGAACUUUUGAGGAGCAAACGCAAUGCAUUGUGGACUCUUUACUCACAGACUUCUUGAGCCCCACAGUGCAGGUUGCUAACCGGGACCUACGUUGCGCAGAUGAAACAGAUUCAGGAGAGUCGAGCUCUUUUGACGUGGCCAUCAUUGCUGGUCGCCUUCGGAUGUUGGGUGACCAGUUCAAUGGAGAAAUGGAAGAUUCUGUCAAAAACAUCAUUUCAGAAACCAUUCAGGGACAGGCAGGAACUAUACUGCAGGACACAGUAAAAUCUCUCAGCCAGGCCUGGUGUGCUCAGGAUUCCAGCUUAGUUUAUGAGAGAGCCUUUCUGGCAGUGUCCGUGAAGCUUCUUGAAUGCGUGGCCCGCAUGGCUCCUGGAAUAGCAAGACAGGUGGCUAUCCCCAUAGUAAACCUGAUCAAUAGGAACAGUGCCGUCCGGGAGUUUGUCCAGGGCCAGGGAGGUUGGGUAAGUAUGUUGGGGCCCUGGCUCUGAUAGGCAUUUGCAUUGUUUUUGUACUCAUACCUGGGACUCCCAAUUCCUGAUUCUUUGUAAGUUGGAAACCAGGUAGAAAAACAGAUUUCCCUACUUUGCUGAAAAGAGCAGUAAAAAAGGGAACAGUCAGAAGCUCGGGACUAUGGGUGUUGGACUCCAGAGACACUUUGCCUAAAAUGUUGACUACUAACUCUACAGAGCUAAAUCCCACUUUCUAUAUAUAACUGCCUAGCAAGUGUACUGGUGAUAGAAUGCUAAUCUCAGCCUGGCUUCACUCUGCUCCCUGGUGAAUUUCUGGGUCUCCUCUCCCUAACAUCUUUGGAUGUAUGUUGAAGAAAUUCAGAACCAUCCCCCUAUUGUCUAACAAAAACGAUGUCUAGAGGAGGCAUUCUAAGGUCAUGUCUUAGGAAUCAUUAGACCAUCUGCUCUCAUAGAGCACUCCUCUUCAUUUCCAGCAUCAGCAGAAGCCUUAGUGAGAGCCGCAUUUCUUGAAGGUAUCUGCAGAUUAUUCGUGGUUUCUUUGGGAAGCUCCUGAAAACCAUCCCUUUGACUGUAGGCUAUCCACUGUUCUUCCUAGGAGAAUCUGGAGAGCUGAAGAAGAGGUGGGAGCUGUUUGCCAGCCUGAACAUCACUGCCCCUGUGACUGCUCAGGUGAUUGAUUUCUGGCAGUUAAAGCAGACAACCAAAUCCAAAACUGCUUUCUUUUGAACAGAACCGAAUUUAGCUGAAUAAUUUCUUUUCUACUGAUUGCUACAGUUGGGAGAAGCCCUUGGAGGUCUACAGAGAUUUUGUGCUUUGUGUUUUUAUGUGAGUUUUAAUGAGGUACCAUUUAAGCAAAGACCUCUAGACACAAAGUAACGACUUGUUAGGAGCGGAAUUGGAAGCAUCAGAGCCGGGCUUGGCUGGAGAUCUUUUGGGAAAGGGAGCACACAGUAAACUUCCUUCAGAUUUCCUCUUGUCCUUUGGGAAGGAUCUUGUCUGCUCAUUUUGCAAUCUAAAGCACUUCAGGGAGAUUUCAAUUCUUUAAGUUGAGAAUUUCUUUUGAAUUCAUAACCUGAGUCUUGUGUUAAUUUCACCAAAGCAGAAUUAUUUUAUGCAUUUUUCGGUUGAAAGCAAAAAAUAGCAGUUUCUGCAUCUGCCCUCCUACCAGAAAGGCCGACAAAAGAUAAAACAGUGAGUGCAUUUUUACUGCCACAGGAUGCAGGAAGUGCUGGCCCACAUCUAGGACAGAGGGGCCAUCCCAGCUUAGAUGAAACUAGCUGCUUACCACAGUGUUUUUCAAACCAAAAAGGGGCCUACAUACCACUUGUGGACCUUAUAAAUUGCUGAUUUCCAGGCCCCAUCCCUAGAGAUUCUGAUUCUGUAGGGGUGGGCUGGGACCUAGGAUGCUACCAGUUCCACAGGGGAUUCUUACGUACAUACAGAAUUGAGACCCAUCAUUUUAGAGCAAGGAUUGGCCAUAUCCUGCCUGCUCCUUUUUCUGUAAAUCCUUUUAUUGGAUUGCAGCUACACUCACUUGUUUACAUAUUGUCUAUGACUGUUUUAGUACCACAGCGUCAGAGUUGAGAAGUGACAGCAGAUACCAUAUGGCCUGUAAAAUAUAUUUACUAUCUGGCUCUUGACAGAAAAGUGUGUAGACCCUUGCUUUGAAGCUAAAUGAACAUCUCUCCUUGAAUAAUUUAAAUUCUGUGGCAAUCCUGAUAAUUCCCGCCAAACACAAUUGUACAUAGGAUUACUCUGUUUUUUUAGAUUUUCGAGUGUUCUGUUGGUUCUGGCAUAGUCCACACUUUCUUGAGAACUUUAGCAAAUCAGAAAGCUCUGUGACUCCUGAGUAGUCAGUCAGUAGAGGGAAUAUAUUUUCCCUGGCCCUACCAUAAGUGAUUGGAAGUGAUUGGAAAUGAGGCAUACAGUAUCCAUGUUAUGAAUAUCUUGAAAUAGUCCUUAAUAAUCUCAUAGAUUCAUAGGCAAGCAUCAAGACUCCUUAAGUCCCAAAACCAGACUACUUACCUGACUGUCAAGAAGAAAAGCAUUGCUAUAUCUAUUUUGUUUUUUGGGUUUUUUUUGUUUUUUUUUGUGUUUUUUUUUGCUAUAUCUAUUUUGAAGAGAGGCAUUAAUGGUUUGGUUACAGUUUGGCUAAAGUAUAACCACAUCCUCUCCUUUCAGCCAGCCAGCUAUCUGUUUCCCCUCAAUGCAUAGAAUUAAAGAUGUAGCACUGGGACUAUAUCUUGACUUUUUCAAGUUGUGUGAUUUCCUCAAUUCUUGGAGAAAUCACAGUAGGUUUGUAAUCCCAAAUGAGAUUUCAUGUUUCUUUUAAGUAGCAAUUAGCUUUUUUUUUGCUACCAAUUGAAGACACUUGAUGUACUUCUUUGUCCCUUACAUUACUGUAAAUUCAACAGGGUGGGUUUUGUGGUAUUUUACUUCUUAGGUGAAAUCACUAUUUUCACAUUGACCAAUGCUGUUUUGUUCAUGAAAUAAAAUUGUGUCUAUGUAUUUGAACUAA